AUGUCCGACGACCUCGCCGAGCUUCUCACGGCCGAAGACGCCCCCACCGCCAUCGCCAUCGGCCACGACUGGGGCUCCUUCCUAGCCAACCGCCUCUACCUCUGGCACCCGGAGCGCGUCGCGGGCUUGGCCCUGCUGAACUUCGCGUACAUGCCGCCCAACCAGACGACGCCCUUCGAUCUGGACCAAAUGAACGCGCUCAUGGAACAGCUGUUCGGGCACCCGAUCUUGGCGUACUGGGAGUUGCUGACGCGGGCGACGGGGGACGUGCCCGCGCUGCUGGAGGGGAAUGCGGCACGGCUCUGGGAGCUGCUGCAUGCGGCGCGGCCACAGCCGGAGUGGAUGCGGAAGCUCCUGUGUGAGCGGGGGGCGACGGAGGCGUUUUUGACGGCCGGCACUGUCGACGGGGAGGCAGUGGCGGGGGACAUCAAGCUGAGGGACUAUGCUGGGCAUGACGGUGUGUAUUGGGAGGACUUCGUUAGGAGGCUGACGGAUAAGGAGGCGGGAGGCAUUGCGCCGGCGCUCUGUUGGUAUCGAGCCAUGUCGGAGAAUGCGACGUUCGAGGUAGAAAGGACGCUGGAAAAGGAGGCGUUGGUGCUGAAGGUGCCGACGUUGUUCGUGGCGUGUCCUGAUGACGCGGUGUGUCGGGCGGAGUUGAUAGAGGCGCCGAAACAGGAGGGCUUGCUGCCGGAUCUGACUGUGGUGGAGGUCGGCGGGUGUGGGCAUUGGGGGAUUAUCUAUGAGAAGGCGGAGGAGACGGCAGGAGUUAUUGGAGGGUUUUUGAAGGAGAGGUUGGGGUUCCUAGCGCCGUGGCUUAACAUGAGCCCAUUAUUCAAUCAUUGCAUGGAAACUGGUGUGAUAGCACGGACUUCCUAUAAAAAUGGCAGCCCGGGGCUACAAAGGCAACGUCCUGGACAUUAUCGAUGCAUGAUUUCUGACGGUUUGAGUGAAAAUUGUUGGUCUCGCAAUGCAUUUCUGAUUUGGAUGCCCAGAAUCAUGACCAGACCUACCAAUAUAAGUGUUGGCCACAAUCUGAAAUUCGAGAUUUGCUCAAAGCGCAGUGUCGGCGUUCCAACCACGAGCCACAUGUCAGUCCGCCAUAUGAACCCUUCUACCUGA